AUGACUCCAAGCUGCAGCGCCUCCAGCCCUGCCCUCGCGCCCCUGCUGCUGGCCAUGCUGCUGGGCGGCCCGGCCCUGGCCUCGGAGAUCGUGGGUGGCCGCGCCGCCCAGCCCCACGCGUGGCCCUUCAUGGUGUCCCUACAGCGGCGUGGAGGUCACUUCUGCGGCGCCACUCUCAUCGCCCCCAACUUCAUCAUGUCGGCCGCCCACUGCGUGGAUGGCUUGAACUUCCGGUCGGUGGUGGCCGUGCUGGGGGCACAUGACCUGGGGCAGCGUGAGCCCACCAGGCAAACAUUUGCCAUCCAGCGGGUCUUUGAAAACGGCUUCAACCCCCAGAGGCUGCUGAACGACAUCGUGAUCCUCCAGCUCAAUGGGUCAGCCACCAUCAACAGGAACGUGCAGGUGGCCAGGCUGCCUGCCCAGAAUCAAGGUGUGGGCAGUGGGGUGCCGUGCCUGGCCAUGGGCUGGGGCCAGCUGGGCACGAACCAGCCACUACCCAGGAUCCUGCAGGAGCUCAACGUGACCGUGGUGACCACCCUCUGCCGCCGAGCCAACGUGUGCACGCUGGUGCCCCACCGGCAGGCCGGCAUCUGCUUUGGGGACUCUGGCGGGCCCUUGGUCUGCAACGGGCUGGUCCAGGGCAUUGACUCCUUCAUCCGUGGAGGCUGCGGCUCUGGGUUCUACCCGGACGCCUUUGCUCCGGUCGCACAGUUCGCAGACUGGAUCAACUCCAUCAUCCACCGUGGCCACGACCGCCCCUCCCUCCACCCGCGGGACCCGGCCAGCAGGACCGGCUAG